AAAUACAGAGUUAAACUCUUGACGUUUCUGUAGUCUUCACGAGUUACAGCCCAGCAGUUGAGCCUGCAAUGGAGAUUUUAAUCUUCCCAGAAAGUCAUUAUCUUUUAUGAAUGUGCUGGUUUUCAGGAUAUGUAUGAACACUAGUCGUGAUGGAAAUUAGAGUGGUUUGGCUGUUGCUUGUAUUUUCUGUCAGUUUGGUGGAAGCAACAGGAUGCUUACCUACAACCAACCUGCAGUGUUACAAAAAUGCAACUAAAGAUGACGAGGACUUUAUUUGUAACUGGGAGGAUAAAAACAUCACGCAAAAUACAAGAUACACCCUAUACAUGUGGGACAUUGUAAAGAAAAAAAUUGUUUUCAGUGAGACCACCAAAAACACAAAUUACUACAUUAUUUUGGAGAAACUAGGAACAAUCUUCAGAAAGAGGGAGAUAUGGGUACAGAAAGAAGUAGACAAUGUUGCCUGUAAUUCUAGUAAAAACGAAGUCAUCCUUCAAUGCUUAGUCAAAUAUAGUGAACCCCAUAUUACCAGCACGUCAAGGUCAGCAGGCAUACUGAACCUUACACUGGACAAACCAAAGGAUAACCGAAGUGUUAUAUACGAGAUCAGAUGGAGGGAAAUCGUCUCUGAAUGGCAGAAUGCCACAUUUAAAACUGAGGACAACACUUACCAAGAUUUCUACACGCUACAGCUACAAAACCAGACUGUUUACCAAGUCCAGCUGCGACGGAAGGCCAAUGCACUGUCACCUAUAUGUGAUUCACAAAAUGUCACUUGGAGUGAUUGGAGCACCAUUGUGGACGUACCCUUAGGAAUUCACUCUGCACCUAAAGUUAGAUAUGAAUUAUGGAAACGUUAUAAUCAUAGCAGGGAUUUUUAUCUCACCUGGGAUGCCCCACCCGCUGAAGAGUCUGUUGGAGGGGUGACGUACAAACUGACGCUCUCAGUAUGGCCUUGUGAAGACCCCCAAAAUAUUAAACCCAUAACUGUUAAUCAAACCUAUCAUAACAUAUCAAUAACGUUUUCUGAAGCCAAUGUGUCCAUCAUUGCAAAAAACAAAGUUGGGAGUUCACCAACUCGGUCAAUCACAAUUCCUGCUGUGAAACAUUCGAACAACUGCCCUGAACAUCAAAGUAAAAAAAAGGCCAAACCCAAUAAAACCUGCUUGGAAUGGUUCAAACUGGAAGAUGGCGAGACGCGAUUGCAGGCCGCAAAAAACUCAAGCCGUAAAGUUUUCGAGGACAUUGAAAAAAGUGUGGAAAAGUUUGUACGUCAUUAUUACUUUCUUCACAUCAAAAAGAAAAGCAAUUUUCAGACUAUUGCCCAGUGUCCUUUCUACUCAAAGGAGGGAGCGCCUAAUAAAGGUCCAGACAAUGUGUUGCAUUUCAAUGUGACCCAUGAGUCGGCUAUGGUGAGCUGGCAUUCAAUUCCUGUGGAGAAUCAGCGAGGGUUUCUACUGCAAUAUCUCAUUUGGGUAUCUGGUGGAAAAAACACAACGCUUUAUCGGUUGCCAGCAAAUGAAGAAACUUUCUUUAUCAAAAACCUUCACCCAGGGACUUCCUACACUGUUUCUAUUGCCGGAAGAACAAAAGCUGGUGAAGGACCGAACUCUACUGUGAACUUUGAAACACUGUCAAAAGGAGCUGCCUUAUCAUGGCAGGAUCAGACCAUUCUGAGUGUCUGUGUGGUUGCCGUCUUGUGUACAAUAAUCUGCUCAGUAGCUGCCAGGAGAUUUAGGAGUAAACUGUUACCAGUGGUACCCAGUCCUGUGAUCCCUUCAACGGACUUCAUUAUUCCACAUAACCAGGACACGGUGACAGAGGAAGUGCAUGAAGUCGUCCUUUUGCAGCUUCAAGAGCUUAGCAAACCCAAACUCAGCACAAACCCUGAACGGUGCACUUUACUGCAAGACUUUGGACUCGUCGUCUUCGAGGAAGAGGAAGAUGACGAGGAAGGAGUUACUGACUUAAGAUCUAUGAAGUCCUGUUGUUAUCCAAAUCCUAGCUACAGAGGACAGGUGAUCUGUCUUCCAGAGCCAAUCCUCACAUCAGAGAGCAUUUAUAAAGAGAACGACACUGAGUCCACAUACAGAAAUGGCUUGUUCUUUGAAACAGUCCCGGAGUGUGAUGAAACAUCACUAUAGUCAUGAAAGGGCCUGACAGGCCGAUCUUGUGCAUGAAGAGUAUUUUUGGACAAAUAAAUAUAACAAACUUUA